GUUCCCUUUUGUCAUUGUCGAAUUCUGAAGCGCUGCCGGCCCUAAACCGUAACCAGAAAACCAGAGAGCGAGGUCAAGGGGGAGACGCACAAUGGGAAGGUCGAGAAGAAAGUUGAAGAAAUCAACGGCAAAGGUUCGAGUGGGUCUCCCCAAGAAGAACCCAAACGUGUUCAAGCCGGCCUUCUGUCUUCCUCCAAAGCUUCGCUCUUUAGCCCAUGACUCCAAAUGGGAUGACAAAGCUAGCGUCAUCCAGAACUACAAGUCGUUCGGCCUUGUCUCUAACCCCAACUUGCUCGGCGUCCGGUGCCGCACCUCCCAUGUUAUCGAGACCGAGUCACUCCAAGUUCCUCCGUCACCGUCUGAUCAGCCCGCCGAUGAGUCCGAGCCCAUCGACUCCGGCAGCGACCUGGAAGAAGACGAUUUAAAAUCAGCCCUUGGGAAGAAGCGAAGAGAUGGAAAACAGGCAUGUCUGCAGCCAUUAACCACAAUGCAGCGUGUUCAUAUUGGUCGGCUGGUCGAGAAAUAUGGGGAUGACUACCAGGCCAUGUUCAUGGACUCUAAACUGAAUGCAUUGCAGCAUUCAAUUGCGACUCUGGAGAAGCUGUGCCAAAGAUACAACAUAUGCAAAGAUAAGAAUCCCUUGAUUGUUAAAAGUUGAGAAUGAUUGAAAUUUGUAUGCGGUAUGGCCAUAGCAAUAGUGGAAGUACACUAUGAUUUAUUGUCCUCAGGAUUUUAUCUUACUGAAAGUUCUAAGUUUUGGUAACUUUUAAGUUUUUCCCUUUUGCUGAAGUUACUCUUAGUUUGUAAGGAUAGUUAGCAUUGUACUUUUGGUGGUAGAAUCUCACAUGGAAAUCGAAACUUGUUUCAAAGAAGCAGAGGUAUCUUGCAACAGAAAUAGUUGCUUGGAUCUGUUACUUCUUUGACAUUAUUCAAUCUCCGUGGCUUAAAGAGGAUGUCAACUCUUUGACAGCAAGAAAUCAAGCUUAUGUUCUUGUUAA